UUCCUCAGUGAAUCUGCUUGAUGAGCUUUCAAUAUUAACUCAGACUCCUUCCCCUCUUCACUGUAGAGCACUUUGUUAAAAACUCUUUUAUUAGAACAGUUUUGAAAUAGACCCUGGCUUUUUUUGAAACUCUCCCAAGUGUAAGCGAUUGAAUACCACCAGUGGUUUCUUAUGAUGCCCUCCAACUCUUGGCGGUCUCUUUCACUCCCCAACACUGUGGAUGAGUGAAUCUUUCUCCUGCUGGACUUAAUUUAUCACCUGGCCUUUUCUCUGUCCUGUGAGAAUAAUUUCUUCCUCACAUCAUCAAGAACUGAACUGACACGUACUGGAAACACACACAAAGAAGUAGGUCAGGAUGUCUCUUAAUGUGCCGGGACUGGUGGCGAUGGCGGCGUUUUACCUGCUGAUCUUGGGCACAGGGAUCUGGGCGGCCAUGCGCUCCAAGACGGCGGAGAAGAAGUGUCCAGGAGAUGGCAUGGAGAUAACGUUACUGGCCGGACGCAACAUUAACUUGCUAGUCGGCAUCUUCACUCUUACUGCUACAUGGGUAGGUGGAGGCUUCAUCCUUGGUAUAGCUGAGGCAACAUACAACCCAACACUAGGCGCAGUGUGGGCUCUCAUGCCUGUUCCUUAUGUCCUGACCUUCUUCUUAGGUGGCUUUUUCUUUGCCAAGCCUAUGAGAGAGAACAAGUAUAUGACAAUGAUGGACCCCUUCCAGCAGAAGUAUGGGAACGUUCUGAGCAGUGUGCUGAUCUUUCCCGCACUCGUGGCCGAUGUCCUGUGGGUGGCACGCACACUCGUCAGUCUGGGUGGAACUAUGAGUGUGAUCCUGGACCUGUCCUACGUCUACUCCAUCAUCAUCUCCUCAGUGGUGGCCAUAACCUACACACUGCUGGGGGGGCUCUACUCUGUGGCCUACACAGAUGUCAUCCAGCUAAUCCUGAUCUUUGUCAGUCUGUGGGUGUGUGUUCCUUUCCUGUUGACCAACCCUCACUCUCUGGACAUCUCACUGACGGCCUAUAACCAGACCUUCCAGGCUCCCUGGGUUGGCACGGUGGAGCUCAAUGAGGCUGGCAAGUGGUUUGAUGAUUUCAUGCUGCUGGCUCUGGGUGGUUUGGCCUACCAGGCGUUCUACCAAAGAAUCCUGUCGGCCUCUUCUUACACCCAGGCUCAAGUGACAUGCUAUGCUUCUUCGGCCUUCUGUCUGGUGCUGGGUAUCCCCUCCGUGCUGGUCGGGGCUGUGGCUGCAUCUACAGACUGGAACUCAACCAGCUAUGGAUUGCCCAGCCCAUAUGAGCGCGACGAGGCAGGCUCCAUCCUCCCCAUCGCCCUGCAGUACCUCACACCCCCCUACAUCUCUAUCAUUGGCAUUGGAGCUGUAGCUGCUGCUGUCAUGUCCUCCAUGGACUCAGCUCUUCUCUCUUCAGCCUCAUUGUUUUCCUCAAAUAUCUACAAGAACAUCAUCAGAAAGCAGGCGUCCGACCGUGAGAUGCAGUGGGUGAUCCGUAUCUCAGUGGUGGUGGUGGGUCUGGCUGGCACUGCCCUCACCUUCCUGGACAACAGCGUCCUGGUCUUCUGGCUUGUGGGCGUGGACAUGUCUUACACCAUCAUGUUCCCUCAGCUGGUUUGCAUCCUCUUCUUCAAGUUGUCCAAUGGCUACGGAGCCACCGUGGGCUACAUGAUGGGAAUCAUCCUGAGGAUCCUGAGUGGUGAGCCCCUCAUUGGCAUCCCGCCUGUAAUCAAGUUCCCCGGCUGCCGGCUGGAUGACGAGGGAAAGCUGACCCAGUUCUUCCCCUUCCGCACUGCCAUCAUGAUCAUCUCGCUCGCAUCCAUUCUGCUCUUCUCCUGGCUGGCGUCCAUCAUUUUCAGCAAGGAUCUGGUGUCUGAGAGGUGGGAUGUGUUCAAUAUCAAACGCAAGCAGAAACCGAUAGCCAGAGCUGCAGAUGACAACGACAUGAGGACCAACUCUGAUAGUGAAGAGGCCUCCACGAACAAGCAGCUACUCGACACCACCAGCUGCUGAGGAGGCUCAAGAAGACGGAGAAAGAUGGGCCCUGGCUGUAGGCGGACAUGUUUGUUCGUCUGCUGAGCAGGAGUUCACAGAUGGGGAACAAUGGCAAAGGCUGGUGGUAUGAGACAAUUACAUUGGCAGCAAAGAAUGAGUGCACGCUCUGCACUGUUCCACUUUUUAUAACUGUUUAUUUCAGUGUGAUCUGAUAUAUUCCUUUCUCUAGUUGAUCUGCUGCCUCAGCAACUGUAAUUCCUCUUAUCUUCCUAAUUAAUAUUCGAUAAUCAAUUUUAACCUCUAAAAUAUUACUUAAAUAUAGAAUUGUUGCUUAUACAACGGUGUUAUUUUGUUUUAAAAUGACAGAUUGUGCUGUUUUCUGAUCCCAAAACUGUGAUCAAAAGCUGUGUGUUAUUAUAUAUUUCUUUUGUUUUGCAGCAGUCCACAUGUUUCUUGAUUUUGAUUUUUUUUUUUUGUAAAGAAUCUGUGUGCAAGGAGAGGACAACCAGAGUUGUGUGAACAUAUCUAAAGCUGAUGAUACACGGAGCAACCUUCAGAGAAAUGGUUCUGGGCAAUGUUGCUGUCAAUGGUAAUGAGUAAAGAUUACUACCGUAAUAACCCCCACCCCGCCGGUAUCCGUUAAAAACAUAGUUGGACUUGGACCACCAGCAACAUUGCUCAUAAAUUCGCCUCGUGUAUCAGCUUAAGAUGGGAAGGUUUAUGGUUACAUGUAAAUUUUCACAGAGCAACAUUUACCUCCAUCUCUCAAAUACUGCUCAAUAGACACCAGCAAAUUUAAUUUGUUCUGUUGACCACACUGUGACCACCCAGCGAUGGAUGACUAAAGUGGGUUGGGUUGCUGUGCAAUGCUGGUGGCUUUGUUGUUCAAGCAAUAUUAACAAAUGGCAACCAAGAACACUUGGACGGAAGUGACACAAACUUUUAAACAUUCUGUAGUUUUGUUCUAAUGACUAUUUAAUAUUACCAGUUUUGUCGUGAAUAGAAGCGGGGGGGAGUCUAAACUGCAAAGUUAUUGUGAGCCCAUUCCCCUCAAGUGCAAUUUACUCAAUGAUUAAUAACGUGAAUGUAGCCGUUUUCUACAAAUGCACAGAGUGAAAGAACGCCAGACUCCUCCUACUCACCUAUUCCUCUGCCUUGUUUUUCUUCCGUCCAUCAGUGUGAGAGAGAGAGAGAGAGAGAGAGAGAGAGAGAGAGAGAGAGAGAGAGAGAGAGAGAGAGAGAGAGAGAGAGAGAGAGAGAGAGAGAGAGAGAGAGAGAGAGAGAGAGAGAGAGAGAGAGCUUUCAGUUUGACAGUAACUUUGUUCUAUAAUGUUUUGUUUUUGUUAUAUACUGCAUAGUUUACAGUGGGUUAUUUUUUCCUGAGGUGGUGAAAAUAUUUGGAACUAAGAUUCUGAGAAUUUAAAUUUAAGUUUCAAGUUUCAUAACAGUACAAAUUCAGAAAGUCAGAAAGCCUUCCUCUACCAUACUGUUGCCUUUUAAUAUCACUGGAAACUUAACUGCGCUGUUAUUUGCUGGCCAUCGUAAAAUGGAUGUAUACUUACUGGUCAAAUACCUCAUGGACUAGUAAUGUCUAAGUAUACAAACCUUUAACCUAUAAUUCUGACUUCUAUCCAAAGCACAGAAUGUGACUUUCCAAAGACUGACCGCACAGAACUGUCUCAAAAAAGGACACAUGCAGGACACAAUGUAUCAAUCUUUUUAUAUGACUGUGAUUUUUACCUGCAUUAUACUCUUGUACUACACAGUUUAAUUUUGAUUUGUAUACCACAGAUACAUUAUUUUUUUCUUUUUUAUCAGAGUUGAUCAUUAUGUGUUGCGAGUUUCAGAAGUAAAACACAAAUGUGUAUUUUGUGUCAAGCUAGCAACGUUUAAAGUAAAAUAAAUUCACCUUCGAUUUUGCAGAACAUGAAAUGUAGUUUCACCUUCACACGUUUAAAUCGUAUCACAUAUCGAUGAGUCAAAGUAAUAGCCAAGUAGAAUGUCCACAGUAUAGUGAAGGAUGGCAACGCCUUAAUAAUGGAUGUUUAUUGUCAUCUGUGCAUUUCAUCAUUUUUUGAGGAGAAAGGUUUUAUUUUCCACCUUGGGUUAGUCUGUCAUCAUCUAUGACAGUUCACAGUUGAUAGUUUUAUAAUGGGUAGUGAGUUACAUAUUGUAUUUUCCCCUAAUAUGUAUUUGGUUUUAUACUAUAUGCAUGUUGAUUGCAUGUUUGUAUACAGAACCUUUGUGAAGGCUGUUCUCUCUUGCCACUUGGCAAGGUCCUACUUUGUAAUUGAUUAAUGUAAAUCCCCAUUGGGAGAUGUUCUGUCAAAUAAAAGGCUGAAACCAAA